UCUACCGAUUUUUGUUUUGUCUGAAAACAUUUGGGCAAAUGUUUGUUGUUAAGGUUGUUUACAGUAUUUUUUUUUAACAAAAGAUUAAUUGAUUUUAUGUAGGUAAAAUAUAUCUGUUGCUGAAAUAUAACGGUUGGAAUUUUUAGAAUGACCGUUGGAAUAUUAACAACGCAAACAAAAUUGAACUGACUUGAAAUUGUCAUCACUGCAUUGUGGCCUUAAGCCCGGUGACACCGACAUUGGCUUGGUAUCCGAGAACUAGACCACCUGCGGGGGAAGUAUGGCAGACACUAACAAAUCCGAUGUCCCAGCUCUGCAAAGCGACACGGUCACCGACGAUCUCCCUAUAUCAAUUACAGAUGAACCAGGUCUACAAGGCGACAUGAUCAACGAUGACGUCCCUCUAUCAGUUCCAGAUGAAUCUCCACCGCCAUACGCGUUAGAAUCCGAUGACACUUCACUCUCUUUGAAGUAUAGUUCUACCGUAAGGCCCGAGUUUACAGAGGAUCCUAUGGAGGUUCACUGUUUCAUGUGUCUGGAAACCAUAACAACUGUUACAGAAUACCACUAUAGCAAGUACACGUGGAUGACAAUGGCGGCGCUCUUUCUCUUGGGUUGCUGGCCUUGUAUCCCAAUUCCGCUCUGCGUGAAGUCUUUAAUGGAUGUUGCUCAUUACUGCCCAAUCUGUAGAACUUUUCUUGGUAUCUACUAUCGAUUCUGAUCACUGAACACAGGACAAGGGGAAACAACUCUUAGUCUGCCGAACUUUUCUUGGUAUCUACCAUCCAUUCUGAUCCCUGGAGACAAGAUAAGGGGAAACAACUCUUAGUCUGCCGAACGUGUCUUGGUGUCUGCUAUCUUCGAUCAGUUCUGAUUACAUGACACAGAAGUAGGGGAAACAACUCUGGUGACUCCAUUCCACGGAUGCCGUGUUAUGUAAUUCAAAGGUGUUACCCAGAAUAUAUAUUAAAACCAAAAAUCAUUGUCUAAAAACCAUUCAUUUUAAAACAACAAAGUUAAAAGAAGCUAAAUUUUGUCUAUAUAAAACGUAAACUUUUUUUUAGGAGCAUCAGGGAAGCGGUAAAAUCAGACAGCAAUGUUUACAUAAGCAAUAAGCGUUGUUUUCAAACAAUAAUAUAUAAUGUGUACCUCAGUGUGUACUUGUUCUAUAUGGGUUUUUAAGAAACACAUCCCCCCCCCCCCCCCCCAGGAGCUCCAAAAUGGGAUAGCGAUAUAUUACUGCUGCUGUUUUUUAUGACUUAGAGAAGGAUUGAAGUGUGCUAUUAUGUAAUGUUUUGAAUGUUAUCAUUGUGCAACGUUUUCAGAAUAAUAUGAUUUUUGUGUCUAUGUUGUAUCUAAUGUAACGGUAAAGGACUGAUAUAGCACAUGACAUUGGCCAGUAAUAAUUAUUUGUCAAUUGAAGCUAAGCGUGAUAUAAGAAGGCGAUGAAGACACAACUCUGCGAGUCUUUAAAUGAAGUCUUGCGACAGUUGAAGGUGGAUUUCUGUUUAAAAUGAUGCUAUUUACAAUACUAGAACUAAUUCCACGUUAGUCAGUUUACCCAAACUGCCCGCGACAGUGCCAGGUAAUACACGAACUGAUUUAGCUGAAUUAUCCUGAUUCAUAUUUAGGCUACAUUUGGUUAGAAAUUGCUACAUUUUUCUAUUAAACAACAACAACAACAACAACAACAACAACAACAACAACAACAACAACAACAACAACAACAUAUAUAUAUAUAUAUAUAUAUAUAUAUAUAACGUUUACCUGACGUAGUUUUGGUCAUCCAUGAUUUUGCAAAUUCACCAAAAUGCAUUUUUCAUAAUUCUAAAAACGCACGUUCGUCUGAGAAGUAAUGGUUAUUGAGACAAGCUCUAGUUACUUUUAGACGGUAUUUUCCUGUUUAAACAUCACAAACUUUAGAUAUUAUUAUCCAAAUGUGUGUUGCAGGUUUGUAGAUUAACUGGACUUAGUGCCAAUUUUCAUUCACUUAAACUAGGGUAUGCGCCUUUAAGAGCCGAACUUGAUUUUAGUCGCUUCUUAAAAUGGAGCCCAGGUAAUUUAAUACUACAAUGUCAAUGAUGGUUUUAUUAUUUUGUCAGUGACAACAGACCAUCAGCUUUAUUUGCUUACUGUGACACGCCGUUCUUCGAUAUAUCAUAUUAGAUGCAGCCAUUGUUAAAUCUAGGUCACGCAAACAUUUAUUAACUUGCCAUGAGUUGUCAGUUUGCAGGCCGCUUUCUCAAGACUUAGUGUUCUCUGUAAUGAUGUAAUUUUAUUACAAAACAUCGUGGAAGGCAGUUGAAUAUAUUAUAUAAUGUACAUACCGAAAAACUGCAUUUGUGUGUUUUAAAUUUUUUGGAUUAAGAACGAUAACACAUAUAUAACUUGUAUACAUAAUUAUAAUAAAAUAGGAGGUGAAACUUAUUUAAUUUUUAUUUCUUUUAAUUUUUUCAUGACCUUUUGUUAAUGAAUCUCUAAAUAUAAUUUUUUAAAAUAGCAAAUAACAGCACAUGUAGAUGAUAAUCUGAAACUUUUAUCUGUUGUCUUUAGUUGUUUCCAAAUUCUUUCUCAAUGUAUUUAUUUUAUUUAUUUACAUUUAUUUACAUUAUUUAUUUGUUAACUCCUACCAUCUAAUUAAAUAUUUAUGUUUGGUGAUACAUAUAAAAUAUUUAUGUUAUGAUUAUUUGGUGCUCCAGAAUUAUACAUUCAAAUAUGUUUAUAUAUAUUUUUUGUUGUGAACAACAGUAAAUCGUUUUUUCUGA